UGACAUUUCCUUUUUUUUCAUCCCGCGUAAUUUUACGCACUCAAACAACUAUUGGCGCCAACAACCAACCACACCGAGCAGCUCACUUGCUCACUCGCCAAUCGCAAUGCGCCGCACCCGCUCAAGCGCUUUGGCCGAGGCCUCUGCGCCUCCACAGCGUCUCCGCUCUCUGCGUUCCUCUGCACGUAACCCGCCUCUAUCCCCUCCUCCCGUUACAUCACUGCGUCGCUCGUCACGUCGCACACCUUCACCAGUUCUAAAGUCCACUGCCAAGUUGAAACGAAAACCUCGUCAGGCUGUUAAAAAGGAGAUAGAUACAACAAUUUCGGACCACGACGAGAGUGACAGUGAAAAAGAAACACAAGAUGCAGAACUCACCGAGUACGAGCGCAAACGUCGGGAGAAUAUCCAACGUAACUUAGCCUUCAUGCAGCAAAUGGGCGUCUCCACCGCUAAAAUUGAGGCUAGGACGCUGGUCGGACACGAUGCUGUAAAGCAGGCCAAAGAGCAGCAAUUAGUUGUUAAAAGAGCUCUUCAGGCAGCUAAAAAGGCGGAGCGAUUGACGCAACCAGUCCGUAAAUCGAGACGUCUUGAAGGCAAGAAGGUGGAGGUGGAACCAAUUGAGUCUAUUGACCAAUACGAGAUGGACAAGACGCGUGCUCCUCGUCUUCCUAGAGGCAGCAAUCUCCAUGUAAUGGACGCAGUGGAUGGAGAGAGUAAGGCGUUCCUCGGAGGCAUCACAGCCGAUCUAGAAGAGGAACUGGAGGAAGAUACCAUCUUGGAAGAUGACGAUGGAGUGGAUUACACAUUGGCCGAUGAGGAUAUUACUAAGGCUGUACAGGAGCGGAUUUAUUCUGUUGCCUUCUUGCCCCGUGCCGACAGAGUUGUAGUCGCCUGUGGAGAUAAAAUGGGUCACAUAGCACUAUGGACACGUCCAGGUGUGAAGCAGGAGAGUUCGGCGUCGCCACUGGCUGUAUACAGACCGCACUAUACUCCUGUGAGUCAACUGAUCUUCCCAAACUCGUCGAAACUGGUAUCGAGCAGUUUUGACGGAACUGUUAGGGAGUUUGACUUGCGUGCUGCUGAGUCGUCGGUCGUGUACGAUACAAAUGAUGAUGCCGGUAUUUCGUCAUUGGUAGCUGCUGCCACGGCGCAGUGUUACUACGCAAGCUGCGACGAUGGGACUGUUCGACUCAUUGACCGACGAGCGCGAAAAGUACAGAGGUCCAGCUAUCAGCUACACGAGAAGAAGAUCAACACUGUGAGCCAACAUCCGAGCCUCGAGUUCUGCAUUGCUACUGCGUCGUUGGACCGCACAGUGUGUCUAUGGGAUGCUCGUAAAAUGUCUUCGAAGAAGAACACACCGCUGGUGACGUUGCCACACCAUCGCAGUAUUAACUGCGCGUACUUCUCUCCACGAAAUGGCGAUUGGCUGGUGACGGUGGGCCAGGACUCGUACAUCGACAUGUUCGACACGUCAAGUCUUACGGAGCGAAAGCCUUCGGUCAAGUCAGCGAUCGCUCUACCGAAAUCUGUUCGUGUUCCACACAACAAUAUGACGGGCCGAUGGCUCACGAAACUCCACGCAGCUUGGGACCCCAAGAGACCGAACCAGUUUGUGAUCGGAUGCAUGGAACAGCCACGGAGGAUUCAGAUCUUCCGUGCUGGUCGUCGUCGUCCCGUGCGUGAACUCAAGAGCGACAACUUCGCGUCGGUGCACUCUAUCAACGCCUUCCAUCCUCAUCUGGAGCUCAUUGCUGGUGGUAACUCAUCUGGUCGACUUGCAUUGUGGCGGGGCAAAAAGACAGACAAAUAUGUCAAAACGGAGACAUAAGGUAAAGUUUGUGAGAACUCGCAAUAUGUAUCUUUUCUUGCAUCAACAAUAAAGAAAGGGAACGUCUACAUGUUUAUACUUAGCAAUGCUCUUUUCGUU